AUGUGGAGAAGAUUAUUACCAAGGAAACCUAACAAGAGACAAACUGAGCCAUCACCAGGACCGCCUGAAAAAGUGGAGAAGGCAACUGAGGAGCCUCCUUUGAUAGAUCCUGAACCACAGCCUGGACCUUCGCGACUUUCCCCGCCAAUAAGUCGUUCAGGAUCAGCACGAAGAAAAAAUAAGCCAAGAAAAUUAGAAAUAGUAUCUGAUGAGGAUAUUUUGAUGUUAAAACGUAAUAUAACAUUAAGUGAAUUGCUGUUACGAAGUGAACCAUUAUUUGUUGAUACAGAACUUCCUUCAGAAAUUGACAGAGAUCUGCAAGAGAUACUACAGGAACCUUCACAGGAAAGGGAACUAGAACCAUUACAGGAGUGGUUGUCACUUCGAGAGAGGUCACAACAACCACUUGAAGAGAGGUCACAGCAAUCAUACCAAGCGAGGUCACGGCAACCGCUUCAGGAGAGAUCACAGCAAUCACUUCGGGCAAGAUCGCAGCAACCAUUUCGGGCGAGAUCACAGCAAUCAUUUCCGACGAGAGCACGUGGAUCAGCUCAACCUAGAACACGGCGGCCACGUCAACCGAGAUUACGAGGAUCACUUCAGGCUAGAUCACAACAACCAUUUGAGAACUUACAAGAAAAUAUCGAGCAAUAA